UAACACAGCUUCUCUUCACCUCACCUCACCUCACCUCACCUGUUCUUCUCUCUCUCUCUCUCUCUCUGGCAUUCUCUCAGUAAGUUUAGGUCCGCCGUUGAAGCUCCGUUACUAAAGCUUCGAAUAAUACACACAGAUAUACGAUUGUUCAACUACCGACCUCGGCAACUAAGUAAGAAGGAUACAUUUUGAAGCACACAAAACAGCCAUGGAACAGUACUUUGAAGAGGCUUUGGCACGAAAUGACUCAAUUGAAGAAAACCAGGCUUCUAUAGGGAACUGGAAAUCUGUCUUGGCAUCUGGUGACGGAUGUGAGAAUAAUAUUUCCGGUGGUUUCGACUGCAACAUUUGCCUAGACUUUGUGCAGGACCCAGUUGUCACACUUUGCGGUCACCUCUAUUGCUGGCCCUGCAUUUACAAAUGGAUCCAUUUCCAGAAUGGAAACCCCGACCAGCAACAGCCACAAUGCCCUGUGUGCAAAGUUGAAAUUUCACGACGAACAUUAGUCCCACUUUAUGGCAGGGGCCAAACUGCAAAAUCCUCCCAAGGAAAAGCACCACAUCUUGGUGUAGUCGUACCACGAAGGCCUCCAAGUCCUGCUUGCGGGGUCCACACACUGAUAACAACUGCAGCCAACACAACUUCUAGUCCAUCUCAGCAACUUCAUCAUCAUCACAGUUAUCCACAACAGUCUCUGCCAUACCACCCUCACUCUGCCAUGCCCAUGGUCAACCUUAGUGGCACGAUGACAACAAAUGCGAUUCACCCAAUUGUUGCCAUGCUUAAGGAAAUGGUUUUUGCCAGGAUUUUCGGGAACUCAGAAACUACCUUAUAUUCGUAUCCAAACUCCUAUCACCUUGCGGGGAGCAAUAGUCCAAGGGUGAGAAGGCACAUGAUGCAAACCGAUGAAUCGCUCAGCCGAGUUUGUUUUUUCCUCUGCUGUUGCAUAGUUUUGUGCCUACUCUUAUUCUAAUUGCUUCGUUAUGCUCUUCUUGCCCAUAGUACACUUUGUAAAAAUAUUAAUGGCCAGAAGCAUAUGAACAAUACAUGGAUAUGGCCAGGUGUAAUUGAUAACAGAGCUUUUGCAUCUCUGUGCUGAUAUAUAUAUAUAUAUAGGAGUCCAUUGAACUUGUAAUAGAGGUUGUAAUUAUAGAUUUGAAUGUAAUUGAGGCUUUGUUAAAUUCCUUGCUUUAUUAAGAUGUAUCAACUGCUUUGGUGGCACUUUAAAGCUGUGAAGGGACAUGAUGAUGGUAUGUACCUUGUUUAAUGUUCUA